GGGUUUGAUUGUGCUCGUCACUCUUUCCAGUUUCCCCAACUGCUCUUUCCUGCAAAUUCCGUUAUCGUGAGCUGAACAAAAGCCGUUGGCGAAUAGAAAACAGGGAAGUAAUCGGUUUAGAAGUGUUCGAUGAGGACGCGAAACGGGGAUACUGCCAAACCGGCGACAGCGUCUAAGCGGACGCCGGCGGGAAGGAAAACUGCCGCGAAAAACACUCCUGUGACGACUCCUGAUGCUGCAGUGAAAUCGGUAGCUUCAAAAGCUUCUGAACUGGAACCCGGUUCGCCAGCUAAAUCUGAGCAGACAUUGGACGAAGAUAAACCACCUUCUCCAACUGCAGUUCCUGAUUUGAAACCGGAUCAAUCAGCAGUUGAAGAAGCACAAGUAUCAUACAAUGCAGACAUUGUUAUGAUGGAGGCAAAACCUAAUCCACGAACAAGAAGGGUAGUGAAGAAAGUUGUGAAGAUGGUGAAGAAAAAACAGUUGAAGAUCGGGACACCUCCUACCCCAAAAGAUGAUACCGUUGAGCAAGCAUUAGAACCAGUUAAGCGUAAGACCGAAGAAGAAAACACCGAAGUCCCAAAAGAAGAUAAUGCUGAGCAGGCAGUAGAACCAAUUAAGAUCGAGACCGCAGAAGAAAGCUCUAAAGUCCAGAAAGAAGAUAGUGCUGAGAUGGCAGCAGAACCAGUUAAGGUAGAGACUGAAGAAGAAAGCUCUAAAGUCCAGAAAGAAGAUAGUGAUGAGAUGGCAGCAGAACCAGUUAAGGUAGAAACUGAAGAACAAAGCUCUAACGUCCAGAAAGAAAAUAGUGAUGAGAUGGAAGCAGAACCAGUUAAGGUAGAGACUGAAGACGAAAGCACCAUAGUCCCAGAAGAAGAUAGUGCUGAGAAGGAAGCAGAGCCGGUUAAUGCUGUGACUGAAGAGAGCACGAAAGUGAUGACGAUUGGCUCGAAGGAUGUUGACUCCGGUAAUAAAGAGGAAUCUGACUGUAUAAAUGUGGAGAAGUCCUCUGAGAUGGAACAAACUACAGUUAAAUCUGAGGUGAAAGGGCAGGACCAUGUAGGUGAAGUGGAAGAACUUGUUAUUGGUUCUGCAGAGGAUUCUCAACCUUCAGUUGAUUCUCUCAAGGGAUCUAUUCUGAAAGCAGAAAAUGGUGUUGACUUUGAUGUGUCUGCUACAUUGCCAGCCAAUAAUGAGGGAAAAGAAGAACCGGGUAAAGAUGUGGAGGAAGUCCCAAAGGAGACUCUGGCAGGAAGUGUUGAUGAUAAGGAUCAAUGUAAAGCUGACACUGUUAACCCAGAAGGAAGUAAUGAGAAUAAGAUUGAAGGAGGAAAGACUCCAUCAGGGAAAGAAGUUUGUGCUCAUGAUCAAGGCUACGGGGAUCGCGUGGGGUUGGAAGAUCCUAUUCAGAAUGAAUGCAUAGUGGAUUACAAUGAGGCACGAGCCGGCGAUAAUGCUGGUGUAUUGGAGGAAGAAGAUAAGCAACUAACCGCUGUCGCAGAAGAAUGCAAACUUAAGAAAGAGUAUGAGAUUUUUGUAGGCGGUCUGGAUAUGGAUACUACUGAGGAACAAGUGAAGAAGGCUUUUGAAAAUGUUGGUCCAGUAGUUGAAGUUCGAAUGCACAAAGAUUUUUCAACAGACAAGAGUAGAGGGUAUGCAUUUGUGAGGUUUUCCAAUAAGGAGCAUGUUAAGCGAGCUUUGUCAGAAAUGAAAAACCCUGUGAUUUGUGGAAAGCGAUGUGGUACAGCACCUAGGGAGGAUAACGAGACAUUGUUCCUCGGCAAUAUAUGCAACACGUGGACAAAAGAAGCUAUAAGGCGAAAGUUGAAAGAAUAUGGCGUAGAAGGUGUUGAAAGCAUCACUCUUGUUUCUGAUGUUCAACACGAAGGUAGAAGUCGUGGGUUUUCAUUUCUCGAGUUUUCUUGCCGUGCUGAUGCCAUGCUGGCAUACAAAAGGCUCCAGAAGCCUGAUGUUGUUUUCGGUCAUCCUGAGAGAACUGCAAAGGUAGCUUUUGCCGAACCCAUAAGUGACCCUGACCCUCAAAUAAUGGCAGAGGUGAAGACAGUAUUUCUUGAUGGCCUUCCUUUACACUGGGAUGAAGACCAUGUGAGGGAACGUCUUAAAAGAUACGGGGAAAUCACACGAAUAGCACUGGCAAGGAAUAUGCAGACUGCCAAGAGAAAGGAUUUUGGGUUCGUUGAUUUCUCUACUCAUAAUGCUGCCAUUGCCUGUAUUAAGGGAGUAAAUGAUGCUGAAAGCAGUGGUGAAAACACACAGAUAAAAGUGAGAGCAAGGCUUUCCAAUCCUGCACCUAAGACUCAAGCUGUGAAGGGAGGAAUGCGUGGUGGUUUUCUAAUUGGUCAAGUGGGACGUGUCGAUACUGUAAACUUACAAAGAUCUGUCAGGGGAGUUGCACGAGGAGGAAAUCAGUUUAACUCGAUAAAUCAUCGAGGUAGAGGAUUCUAUCAAAGGGGGCGUAGCCAAACUUAUAGAGUGGGUCCUGAGGAUUAUGGUUUUAAUAACAGGCACGAUCCAUUUCUUGGGAGGCAAACUGCUGAACGAGGCAGGGGAAGGGCUCCUAUAAGAGGUGGUUAUCAAGCGGUGGGUGGAGGUGUUCCGUUUCCUGGCCCGCCUAGACCCAAUAUAAAUAGAAAUUGGCAUAAUGUUAAUGAGGGAGGACCAAGUGACCAGGUUCCUUUUAGGAGGCCACCAUUUUCUGAAGAAGCUUUUGAUGGACCUCAUGGAGGAAGGCGCUAUGACGACCCUUACCUAUAUCGUGAUGGUAUGCACGGGAGGAAGCGACCAUUUUACAUGACUGUAAGCCCUUCUCUUUACUUACCUGUAGCCAGGAUUCUGAACCUGAUUAUGCAGAACCUAGUCGAUACCGCCCUCGAUUUGAUUAUCCUGAUCCCGCUGUCUCUUACCGUGGAACACCCUAUCAUGAUAAUUAUCCUGUUGGAGGAGAUCCAUACCCACAUGAUUAUUAUGGCUCUGAGUUCAGACCAUAUCCUCCUUAUUAUGGCCGUGGACGGGGAUAUGGGGGUGACUACUACCGUUAGCCCCAUAAUGACUAUAUGGUAACUCCUAUUGUGCGAAGCUUUUGACUUCACAGGCCAGGUUUGAAGAUGAUAUCUCCCAGUUCCUGACUUCAUGGCUAGGUUGGCUUGGAAUGCACAAUGCCUUUCAUUGAUGAUAGGCAAAUGGCUUCAUGCGGGGAAAAAACAAAGUUGAAAUACUGCUUGUUCUUUUAUCUCCCAUUACCUUAUCUUAUCUCCAAGAAUAAGUGACCCUUUACUUGUCUAGUUUAGGCAAUAUCUUUGAAGAGCAUAGACUUAAGAAAACUCUUUAUUUUGGAGAGUAGUUGUUUGUUCGGAGUGCUUGGCACUAGGCUUUGGGAUGAGAGUUGGAUACAGCUAUUGGAACCUCUGAUGUCAGGGAUCUCUUCCCCGUGGGCAAUUUAUUUAUGCUUAUGAAUAUGAUCAACCCGCUUGAAGCCAAAGAGAAAAGUUUGGAACUGUAUCUUGGAGGUGCAAAGUUUGAAAUCGAGGCUAUCGUUUUAUGGUGGAGGUUUAGGGAUUGAGGUUCAAGUAAUGCAAAUUAAACAUGUUCUGGAUCUUUCCUUGACGAGUCUUCAGGAGAAUUGAAAGAUUUACUUUGGUCAUUGGAGGUUAUUUCUUUCCUUUUGGACGAGAUAUUUUGAAGAUGGAUGUCAUACCUCGCUACGCAGAUGAUUCAUAUGUAUUAAUGGACUUCUCUAUUUGGAUAUUAUCUGGCGAUUGGUUUAUUUGUUUUUCAGUGGCUAGCUUAAAAUUUAGGCGAGGUUUUCAUUAUUGGGUGCAAUGUCCGUACAAAAUGCUUGGAAUUUUAUUUUUGGAGAAGCAGAUUUUGUUCUAGGUUGUUGUGGGCUGUCCUAGUAUUGGUAUGCAGUUGUAAGAUAUGAGAUGGAUAUUUAAGAGCUAUGAUUUAUCUUGGAUCUACAUGAAACAUCAGCAUGAUCCUACGCUGUUGGUUAAUUAGCUGCAGGAUUAGAUAAAUGCAUUCAGUAAAUGCAUAUGAUCUAGGCAAGGUGAGAUAUGGGUGUAAGCCAAGGUACUUGAUCUGACUCUGACCUACUGAAAUCUCUUUGCUGUUUGGCAAUUUCUUGCGUUUGAUUGACUAGUUUACAGGUAUCAGAGUCUUAGUUACUGUCUGACAUAUGCUUUUGGUGCAAGGACAGUAAUGGGAGUCAUCAAUACGCGGUUACUGAUCGAAUUAGCAUAAAUUUAACUGUCUUGCUGCUGAAAGAAGAGUUAGGUUUUGAUCGGUUGCAUGUUUCAAGUGCAUUUUUUUCUCUCUGUGAGCUGUGAACAUGUUCUCAUUUGCAUUUAGUAGUAAACUUACCAGCUACUUCUGUAUGGCAUAUUGCAUGGUGCAUUCAGUUUCCGUGGGUGGGUAAGACAACACCUUGACUAUGAUUUGUCUUCGGGGUCUUGUUUUCUCUUUCAGCUCUACUUAUCUUGAUUCUCUUCUCCUUUCUUUCAGUAUACUGCAUUCUUAUUUAGUCUGAUCUGUUGUUUUUCCUGCGUUCAUUUUCAGAAUGGAUCCGACUUCUGAUAUGUAAAUGUGAUCCUCCCCCCUUUAUUUCUCCUAUUUUUUGCCGUGUUGUUGGGUUUUCUCUUGUGCCCCAUUUAUUUUUAGCAGAGUUUCUUAGAAUUACAACUAGUGUAAUGUAGUUGGAUAAGGUCACAAUGAUGUCAGUACGAUCAUGAUCAUGAUCCUCGUGCGUAUGGAUUAAGGCCAUGCACUGCUUCCCAAUCAUUACUACUUUCCCGGAAGCCUUGCUUUGUCGGUAUAAAGAUGGCCAAAUUUUACGGUUGAAGAGAAAGAAGGUAAGCCAGAGGAUCCAUGCAAGAGUUAUUAUGCUGGAGAAAGGAGUCAAUCGAGUCGAGGCGAAAAAACAAUCCCAGGUAGGAUGUAAUCAAGCAUAAUUUGCCCUAUCGCCAAUUUCGCCCCGGGUGAAAGGCCGUCUAGAGGUAGGGGUUCAAUGUCGUUUGAAGGUUUGAAGGUUGAAAGUGUAUCUUCUAGUUUUAUGUACAUAAAUUGAUAUGAAGGAAUUUAGACCUCUAAUUAUGUUUGGGUGGAUCAAGUAUGUCGCUUAAGUUUGAAUAAGGGAUUCGGCUUGAUCUAUUCGUGUGAAAUGAU